CAGCGAGUGCGAGUACAAGACUGAAGUAAACUGUAGUUACGAGCGUCGGAUUGCUUCACUUCGGUCGAUUUCGCAUUGCGUCCAAAGAAAAUCAGAAAAAUGUCGAAGAGGAAUCCAGCGGACGAAUAUAGAAAAGGGUCAAGUAUCUACAGAGCAGAGGACUCCAGGGGGGAUGACAGAGGAAGGGAUCGUUCUCCACUUAGAUCGGAUGACCGCGAUGCCAGCAGCUAUAAUCAGAGUGACGCAAAGAAACAAAAGCUGACGUUUGCAUUUGGGAAAAAAAGUUCAACAGAACAAAAGAAGGGCAUACAGAUAAAACUAGGUUCAACUUCUAAACCCACUGUAAAAGCAACACCAGUACAAAGGCCAACGGUAGCAUCGGUAUUUAAUGCGGAUGAAGAUGAAGAACCUGAAGAAAUGCCAGCAGAAGCUAGGAUGAGAAUGCGUAAUAUUGGGCGAGAAACACCAACCUCAGCAGGACCAAAUUCGUUUGGUAAAACAAAGCAAGGCUUUUGUGAUUCUAAAAAGAUAUUUGAGAAAACACUGAAAAAAGCAAUGGAGGAAGCUAAUAAAUGAUUUCUUCCUUAAUAUAUUUUUUAAUUAUUGUUAAUUGUAUAUUAAUUUUACAUAAAAUGCAACAAUUAAUAGCGAAAUUCUUGCUACAAUUAUAUGCAAAUAUUUUUAUCAACUUUGCGCAUUUUGUCACCAAAAAUUAUAACAAACUCUUACUUCACGUUUUACGAUCUUGAGAUUUAAUUAAAUAUUAGCUGUUUGUUAGCAAUAGCUAACACUAAAAAUACACUUGAAAUGUAACAUUUCAUUAUCGUAAACAAAUAUACAUAUGUAAUAAAAUUGUACCAUGUACUUUACUAUGUUCAUUUCAAGUUGUGUAAUAAUAAAUGAAGAAAGCAACGAGUUGUUUAGAACAUAUAAGAAAGUAAUAUAAUUUAUCUUGUAACUUAUACAGUGUAUGAUACAAAUAAAAA